UGUGUUCACAUAAAGCCAUACUUGAACAAAUCAUGCGAGAGAAUCUUAAUGUAUAAGGUAAUUGCCCACGCCAUACAUACAGGGGAAAGAAAAGUCGACCGGGGGUGUUUGCUUAAUGGAACGUGUGUCUGUUUCUUAUCGGUGCCUCCCACUGACAAAGUAGAUACCCAAAACAUCAGCACAGUGCAACCUUCUCGACACAAUCUGAUGAGACUCAAGCCCUUUUGAAAAAUAUUUUUAAAACGUUGUUUAUUUUCCCCCAAACUGGGUCUCUGCCACUCCAAUCAGCGGCAGGAUGAAGUCUGAAGAGGCGUUUCCUUCCUCCUGCUACUAGUGCAAGACAAUAAGCGGCUUUCAGUCAGGGUUCAGUCUGAGUUUGGGUCCAUGGGGCAAGGGCACAGCGUACCCGCACAACGGGAGGACGCGUGUUUAAAAUACGCUUCGUCUUCUGCAACAGCACAGCCGCAUAACUCCAGGCUCACAGGCAUCUAUGAUUUGAACAAGCAACAUUGCGUGCAUUUAAAAUAUUAUUUUUAUUUGUAUUCUUCGCAUUUUUGUUUAAAAACUAAGACUGGACUUCAUGGUGCAGUAAAUCUUGCACUAUUUCAUUUCGUUUCCGUUUGAAUGACUGCUCUCUCUCUCUCUGUCUGUUCCCUGCUUUUUUGAGCACAUUGCUAAGCAACACAAGUUGUUUUUAGUGGAGACUCGAGCGGAAUAGCGAUUACACAGAAAGGGACAAACUGCAACGUGGUGCAUUUUUAUUUUUUAAAACAAAAUAGACUUAGGUUAAACUUCUUUAUAAUAAGCAAAGUAAAACACUUUGCAUUUUGAAAAACGUUAGAAAUAAGAUUUUUAUUUUAUUGUGAAAUUUCUUUUUUGUUGAAUUGCACACCAUCUGCAUAACGUUUUAUGCAACUAAAAAAUACAAGUUGCAUCAUUUACAAUAACAUAUAUUUUUUCAGAAGUUUGACUUUAAUAAAAACACUUUUUUUAAAAAAGUUAAGAAGGAGAAAAGGAUUAUUUAAUUUUUUUUUUCCUGAAGCAAUGGUUGGCAGACUCAACCUGCAGGGCAUCCCUCAUGACCCCUUGGAUAUGAAGCGGAAAGUGGAGAGAGUGCUCGACAGCCCGGACUCCGGGCUACCCCCCAGCCCGAGUCCUAGCGCCUGGCUUCUCUCCCCGGUCGACGGCGAGAAGGAGCUGCUGGACCCAGAGACCAGCGGGCGAGCAGUGGUUCCUCUGAUUCCCAGGCUGUACCCUCUGUCUUUCGGGGAGGGAGUUGAACUUGACCCACUGCCGCCUAAAGAAAUCAGGUACACCUCCUCAGUGCACUACGACUCUGAUCAUCACUUCAUCCACGAUGUGUUCUUCCUGCCGGUGGGUCUGGCCGUGGCAUCCUGCAGCCAAACUGUGCUGGUCCUGCCAAGCUGCACCUGGCGCAGGUACAAGACGCAGCUGGAGUUGCAGCCUCGGCUGCGGGCACAGCGCUACCAGAGCACCACCAUCGUGUACCCCAAACACGCCCGGGCUGUCUACACCACGACUCUGCAGUACGACUGCCGCCGGAUCUCCCGACGCUUCCUCUCCAGCGUGGAGCUUGAGGUCGUGGACCGCACCCUCAGGCCCGGCUACCACUGAGCCUGGCAGCCGGGGAAUUGUGAUCUGGGGGCUUUGCCGGCCGUGCCCAGGAAACUUUCCAACAGCAAUCCCUUGGAAAUGAGUUGCUGCAACUCGAGAAGUUUUCUGCUGCGAUUUAGAAUUAAGAACAAAAUAUCACAAGGGACACUUUAAAGGUGCACGUGCCUUAGUUUUAACUUCUUAACCUUUUCCACAUUUUUUUUCAGAAUUUAACUAUUAGUCUAACAUUUCCUCAAUCUGCAAACCGACAACUGUUGUCCCUGACGAUACAGUUAAUAGAGGUUUUAAAGGACCUGUGUGCAGUAUGGGAUACAGAUGAGCAAGGGGCUCACUGGAGGAAUCAGACUAUUCUAGCAGGGGUUUCAGACACCCUAUUGCUCAGAUUUCAGGGUGCCUUUUAUCUUGCUUCAAAAAUAAAUAGGCUGUGCUUUUGCAGCAAAAUGAACACCAAAUACUAUUGUGCUUAGUGGGGAUUCAAAUAACCAAAAGGCUAGACCCUUAUAGAGUGCAGAAAACCCUUCCUAUCAGAAGUUAUUUUGCAUUGUAUUUUUGUUUUGACUUUAUAAGCACUACACUCCUGAUAUGCUACUAUUCCUGUUGCAAUAGUUUAAAGGUGUAGUAUCCUAUACAGUAAAUGGAUGGCCUCAGACUUGAAUCCGAAACGUGGUUGAGACCAGCGUAACACAUCAAAACCAGGCAAAGUGAACGCAGUUGUACAGAUGCAGUGAAGGGCUGCUUGUUCUUGUGACAGGACUGCGGUCAUGUAUCAUGCAUGUGCCUUGUUCCUUGAAUACCAAACUAACACCUUCCUAUUUUCAAGACCAAGAAGGAGUGAUAAUUUAAGAAGAUGAAAGCUUCUCCUGCUCUGACCAAUACCUUUUAUAUAUUUCGAAAUAUUCAAUAGCCCUUGAUGUUAAAAUGAAUAUUGAUGUCCAUUUUUGUUUUCUGUCUGAUCCUUGGAUUUUAAGUAACCUCUGCUACAGUAAUACAUGCACAAGAAGAUUAAAUGAACACAUGCACUUAA